AUGGCGACAUCAACCAAAACCGAAAUCGUUGUCUUCUUCGUGAAAAUUUUGGCUGAGCAAGAGAUAAAUAGAGAAGCAGCAAAUCAAGGGAAUAAACCAGUUUCGCUUCAAGAAAUGAUGAUUUCCAAUUCAACUACAAAACAAAGAGGAAGGGGCCAGAAUAAGCGUUUCUGGACAACCAAGGAGGAUUCUGCAUUAGUUGAAUCUUUGCAAGGAUUGUAUCGUGACACCAAGUGGCGAUCUGAAAAUGGAUUUAAGAAUGGUUAUUUGACCCAGGUAGAGGCUAUGAUGGAAUCCAAAAUGCCAGGUUGUGGAAUACAGGCCUCUCCCCACAUUGAAUCACGAAUUAAAACUUUGAAGAAAAAGUACUAUGCCUUGGCUGAGAUGUUAUCUCAGAGCGGGUUUGGUUGGAAUGAUGAUGAAAUGAUGUUGGUCUGUGAAAAAAGGGUUUAUGAUGAAUGGAUCCAGAAUAGAAAGUAUGCAAGUGGAUUGUAUGGUAAGCCAUUUCCAUACUACUAUACGUUGGGGGAGAUAUAUGGAAAAGCUCGUGAAGUUGGUGCAUAUAUUGAUAAUGCUGAUGAUGACCAAGAAGAAUUUAGACAGAAGGAUCAGGAGGCAAAUAUUGAUCAAAUUUUAGGCGUGAACAUUGAUGAUGCCGCUGGAAAUCUGAAUCUGAAUGUGGAAUCACAAUCUGAGGGGUCUGAAGAAUUUGAUGUAUCAUGCACACUUGGUACCCCAAGUGCCCAACAACGAAGACCUACACAAAGUGCCCCAAGUGUUUCAGAUUAUGGUCGUAGGGUGAAAGCAAAGGUUUUGGAGGAGAUGAGUAAGAAUGUAAGCACAAUGUCCUCUAAGAUUGAUGCUUUUGUUAAUAUCUUUUCAAUUGACAAGGAAGUGGCUGAAUUGCAAGCAAAACUUGAUAGCGAGUUGAACAAGAUCGAAGGCCUUACUGCAUUGCAAGUCUUUCGAGCCACAAACAUUUUAGCUCGUCAACAUGACCUGCUGAGAGUGUUCUUCGGCAUGUCUGAGGAAAGAAAACAGACAUAUGUUACACAUCUGCUGGAACAUGGCAUUACAACCUCCAUAAUGCAGAAUGCACUUAAAGAGUAUCUGGAUUCUAAGAUGAGCGGAAGCUUUGUGCAGUCUGAUAACUUAUUACAACAUGAUGCGCAGUAUCAAGCUCUUGUGGCUUCCCUCUUGAAUGGGAAUGGGAACUUGGCAGGCUCAAACUCUUCAAUUGUAGAUGGAUCGUCAAAAUUUCAGCAGACCUCACAUUUGGAUCAAAAUUGCUCCCAGAUGCAUAAAAGGAAGCAAGAAGAGCAAUGUGUUUUCAGUCCUCAGCUGGCAUUGAAGGACCACAAUCCAAUUGUUAAUGGGUUACGGCAGCGAAAGCAUAAGAAAUCUAGAAUGGAUCUCAAUCAAGAGGCUGUUCUGAACGGGCAUGUAUUCCAGAAGAUGCUGCAGAGUCAGAACUCUGCUGAAGGGGAAAGAGAUCAGUUACAUGCAUUCUCUCAGCAUAAUGUGAUACCAAAUCAAGAUCAGCAAGCUAUUUUGAAUGCUGCUCCACAGUUGGGAGUAGAUAGAGAAAAGAAGCUGCAAUGGAUGAGACACCCAGUUCCACAACAGGAGAUCGUGCAUCAAGCAACUGCAGUGCACCAGCCCGGUGUUUGUUCACAUCGGCUAAUGCAGUACCUGUCUUAUACUCGAACUCGGCCAAUUGACAAUAACUUGGGCUAUUGGAGGCAAUUUGUGGCAGAGUUCUAUGACCCCUGUGCCAAAAGAAGGUGGUGUUUGUCCUGCUAUGAUAAAGUUGGAGAGCAUGCCCUUGGUAUUUCCCUCCAUGCAGCUAUGGUAUCAUCAUGGCCGUGUAGCCUAUGUAAUUGUCAAUCAGGGCGGGGAUUUGAGGUGAGUUUUGAAGUGCUUGCAAGGCUAAGUAAAAUAACAUUCGAGGGUGGUGUAGUUGAUGAACUCUUGUUCCUGGAUAUGCCUCGUGAGAGUAGAUUUUCUUCAGGAAUAUUAAUGCUGGAAUGUGGAAGAGCAGUUCAAGAAAGUGUCUAUGAGCAGCUUCAAGUUGUGCAUGAAGGUCGACUUCGAAUAAUAUUCUCUCCUAAUUUGAAGAUAUUGUCCUGGGAAUUUUGUUCACGCUCUCAUGAAAUUUUUCUUCGUCGAACUUCUGUUGCACCUCAGGUUUCUGAGUUGCGUAGUGCUGUGCGGAAUUAUCAGUGCUCUAUUGAUGAUAGAGGAUCUAAUGGAGUUUCAUCCCAAGAUGUACAAACUUGCAAUAAGAUCCUGGAAGCAGGAGGACAAAUUGAAAAAGCUUUGGGUCUACAUGAAGUCGAUCAUUUGGGAUUUUCUAAGAAGUAUACCCGGUUCUUGCAGAUAGCUGAUGUUGUUGAUAGUAUGAAAGAUCUAAUGACUUUAUGUCAUAAUAAGGGCCCUAGCCCAAUUGAGAGCCUGAAGAGUUACUGCAGAGGAACUCCUACCAAGCUCCCAAAAAAGAAAAUAAAAGGAAAAGAUGAAAAAGAGAGUGCUCAAGGUCUGUCGAAAGACGCUAAUAAGUUGAUGGCUACAUCAUGUGGUCUAAUAAGAAGUAAUGCAAAUCAAAGCUGCUCAUCUAUCGAUACUGAAGGUUUCUCAAAUGUCCCAGAAUAUAACCCCAUUGCUAGCAGAGAUAGCAAGUGGCAAACGAGUUUAAACCAGUACGCUUCACCAAUUGAGGGUCCUAAGACCUCAAAUUCAGGACUGUACAAGAAUUCAGUGGGAAAUGGCUUGUUAAAUUCAAAUUCUUCUGUGCAGCAGGAUCCUGUGCAGAACUUAAUACAGGAAUUUAUGAACAGCCAAGCAGUGAAUAGGCAUGGUAGGGAUGAAGGCAACUGGGGAAGAGGUAAAAGUUCAGCUGUAGACUUGACAUCAGGAGUUUUGGGCCGCCCAGCAGCAGAAGCUGCCCUAGGAAAUGUGUUGGGCAGUGUGCCAGUGACAACGCAUCAUUCUCACUCGAAUCCUGCCUUGAUUAGGAACUUGUCUGAAGUGGGUGGGAAUUUUCAUGGGAAGCUUUUAUUACCGGAAUCAGGCUUCAGCAGGUCUAAUGGUUAUCAUGAUCACAGUAAGUUUUAUGGCAAUGAUAAUGGCAUGAACUAUGGUUGGAAGGCGUGA